UGUGCAGCAGGCAGUGGUGGUGUGUGGCCCUGACGUCAGCAUCUCAGCUUAUUGAUAGGGCGAUCAUGUCAACUCCCAUACAGGACGCUUCAACAGUGCUCCUUGAUGAAAGCAUGCUGCCUACUGCAGGAUAUUGCACUCGCCUCUCGUGAUCUUUCAAUUUUCUUUUCGCAUCAUUUUAUUCCACACGUGUCUUACUAGCUUGAAGAUGUAUUUUAUGGUGUCACGGUUCUUUGAAGAUUUUUGGACACCAGAGCAUGGUGAAAACCGACAGGCCUGGCUGUGCUUUACCUGACCUCGGAAAGGCAGCAGACAGUCGCUUAAUUGAUGCAAUAGGGGACACUGACUAUGCAGAAAUUUAUAGAGGAGGAUUACUACGAGCUGGACUGGUGCUACGACGACUGUGCAGAUGUUUUAUGUGCUGAACGAGUUGGCCAGAUGACUAAAACAUACAAUGAUAUAGAUGCUGUAACACGUCUUCUAGAAGAAAAAGAACGAGAUCUGGAGUUAGCUGCUCGGAUUGGUCAGUCAUUGUUAAAGAAGAAUAAAACCCUUACAGAAAGGAAUGAAUACCUUGAAGAGCAAGUAGAGCACAUUAGAGAAGAGGUUUCACAAUUACGCCAUGAACUGUCUAUGAAAGAUGAACUGCUUCAGUUUUACACCAGUGCAGCUGAAGAGAGCGAGUCCGAGUCAGUCUGUUCAACACCUCUGAAGAGGAAUGAAUCUUCGUUAUCCGUCCAAAAUUAUUUCCCCUUUGACUCACUCCAAAAGAAACUGAAAGAUCUUGAGGAUGAGAACAUCGUCCUGCGCUCGGAGGCAUGUCACCUGCAGACCGAGACCAUCACAUAUGAAGAGAAAGAGCAACAGCUUGUUAAUGACUGUGUAAAAGAACUAAGGGAUGCAAGUUUCCAGAUUGCCAACAUAUCGGAGGAAUUGGCAAAGAAGACAGACGAUGCAGCCCGACAACAGGAAGAGAUUACUCACCUUUUGUCACAGAUCGUUGACAUUCAGAAAAAGGCAAAAGCAUAUGCAGUGGAAAAUGAAGAAUUGGUACAACACUUAGGAGCGGCUAAAGAUGCUCAGCGGCAACUUACAGCGGAGCUGCGGGAGCUGGAGGACAAGUAUGCAGAGUGCAUGGAAAUGCUUCACGAGGCACAGGAGGAGCUGAAGAACCUUAGAAAUAAAACCAUGCCAAAUGUAAUUUCCCGGCGUUAUCACAACCUGGGUGCAUUUCCUAUGGACUCUUUAGCAGCUGAGAUAGAGGGAUCCAUGAGAAAAGAACUUCAGAUUGAUGAGUCGGACCCCCUUGAAAUGAAUGGCAAUCAUCAGAAGCGUGUGUUUGACACAGUGCGGAAUGUCAACCAGGUAGUAAAACAAAGAUCUCUGGCUCCUUCUCCAAUGAACAUCCCUGGCUCUAACCAGUCGUCUGCUAUGAACUCUCUAAUGUCAAGCUGUGUCAGCACACCACGCUCGAGCCUCUAUGGAGGGGAUAUCUCUAACAUAGUUAUUGAUAACAAAACUAAUAGCAUUAUCCUGGAGACAGAGUCAACGGACAACAGUGAUGAUAAGAACAAGAAGCCUGGAACACCGGGCACUCCAGGGUCUAAUGACCUAGAGACAGCUUUGCGGCGGUUGUCCCUUCGGAGAGAGAACUACAUCCUAGAGCGCAAGUUCUUUGAAGACGAUCAAGAGCGGAAGCUGCGUAGCCUUGCUGAGAAAGAAGAGCUCCGCAGUGGGUCUCUAACGCCUACAGAAAGCAUCAUGUCCUUGGGCACCCACUCCUCCAGGUUGUCAGAGUUCACUGGCAUCUCAGGAAUGUCCUUCAGCAGCCGCUCUUACCUGCCAGAGAAACUGCAGAUCGUGAAGCCCCUAGAAGGAUCAGCAACUUUACAUCAAUGGCAACAGUUGGCACAACCACAUCUUGGAGGAAUCCUGGAUCCUAGGCCUGGUGUUGUUACCAAAGGCUUCCGAACCUUAGAUCUGGACCAGGAGGAAGUGUACCGCUUCACAGACUAUGAAGAAGAUGAGACAGGUGACAUUCCUUACAAGAGCUUAACUACCUCGAGUUCCGUCCAUCACUCAGAGACCUCAGGUGAGAGGUCUCAAGCACAAGUGACUGUGUCUGACAGCAAGAAUUGUUCAAGCCUUUCUCAUGCUGCCCCCGAGGAUUUGCAAGAGCCCGCGACAGACGAUGAUGAGGGGUCUGUGCACCAUCCGGGGAAAUGCUUGUCUCAGACCAGCUCCACAUUCACUUUUACUACUUGUCGGAUCCUGCACCCAUCUGAUGAACUCACCCGCGUCACUCCAAGCCUUAAUACAACACCCACUCCAGCUUCUGGCAUCUUCAGCAAUCUUAAAUCAACGCCAGCAAGCACACCUUGCACACCUCGACGUUUGAGCUUGGCCGAGUCUUUUACUAACCUGAGAGAAUCAACAACCACUAUGAGCACAUCUCUAGGACUGGUGAGGCUACUCAAAGAGCAUGGCAUUUCAGCAUCUGUGUACAACCCCCAAAGUUGGGACAGGGCUGGAAAGGAUCCUUUUAUGAACCAAUCUCUUCCAAAAAUGGCUGUUAUACCUUCCACGCCUCCAAACUCGCCUAUGCAGACACCAAGCUCUUCUCCUCCUUCCGUAGACUUUAAAUGCACUAGCCCACCUUAUGAUAACUUCCUGGCUUCUAAGCCUGCCAGCUCCAUCCUGAAGGAGGUGAGGGAGAAAAAGAACAUAAGAAGCAGUGAAUGUCAAACUGAUGUCUCUGUCUCCAAUCUUAAUCUGGUGGACAAAGUGAAAAAAUUUGGAAUUGCCAAAGUCUCAGGACCAUCACAAGCAUCUGCUGCAGGCGACAGCCACAGGCCUAUCAUAUGUGGCGCAGAGGGACCAGUGCAAGCAUAUGUUCCUGGUGGCCUUAUACCAGAAGGUCUGCCUUUGAAUUACCCUCCUGUUGCAAGUGCUAUAGGUGGAAUUCGUAGGAAUCGGAGCUUCCCAACAAUGGUAGGAUCUAGUAUGCAGAUGAAAGCACCAUCGACACUGGCACCAGGCAUCCUAAUGGGAGCCAAGUUACCAAAACAGACAAGCUUACGAUGAGGAACAGCCAAACAUCUUAUGACUGGUUUUAAGAGCUGAUCAUUAGCUGUGCUUCUAUUGUGAACCCCUGCAUUCAACGGUCAUCUUGCGGGGCACGGACUUCCUUUGAAUUCCACCUCUCACUUAUUUCCUUUUAGCUCGUACUGACAAAUCAUCAUUGUGCCUAGAUGAGAAGUGGAACUUUGUAUAAAUCUGUAGAUAAGGAGCAUAUUGCAAUUACAUUUUUUUCGCCAAAUGAAAGUGGUGACUUACUGAUGUUGCUGUAAUAUUGUAGAUAAUGGUCAUUAUAAUACUGUACAUUAAAUUAAUGGGGCAGGUGGGGUACUGUAUGCACUGACUUGAAUAGACUCUUGCAGGAUAGAAUGCAAAAAUAGUUUUAGUAUUACAUAUUAAAGUUUUGGACUGAUCAAGGUUUUUAUUUAAUGUAAAAGGAAAUUUAGCCCAAGCAGGUGUGAUGUAUCCUUGGGUACAUUAAGAUAUUUCCUUUGUUACUGUUCAAUGAUGCAAUAAAUUAAUACCCUUAAUGUAAGGUCUUAAAAAUUUAGCAUUGCAACUAUAGAAGGCUAAUUAACAACAAAAGUGAUAAAAUGUGACCGGAAUUUCACAAUAUCAUUUCAGGUCAUGUAUUUCAAUAAAAUCUGGUAAAAAGAACUUGGAGUAUCUGACAUCUAACCAGUUAAGGGAGCCAUUUUGUGAACUGAUCUGCUUGUCACUCAAUUCCUUCCUGAAAAUUACCAGUAUUUUUUUCAGCCCACAAAAUGGCUGCCAGCACUAUUGUAGGGUAUUGUAAGAAUAAUGGCGAUAUACAAUAUAUAUGAUUGACAGCUGCAUUGGCCAAUGGUAUGGUUACCUGUUGGCAUAGUGGAUUACUUUGCAAUCAGUUCACACAAGUUCUGCACGUUCUGUUCAUCAUUAUUAGCUAUUGUCACUGUGCAUUAGGAUCUAUUGUGGAUAUCCGGAACAAAAAGGGAUUAGUAGAUCACAAAAGAAGAAAGACAAGACUGUGCUGUCAAUAAAUUGAAAUACUUGAAGAAAUGUAAUUCUGUAAAGCGAGCUAUUGUUGGCUCAUGAAGGAACUAGUUUUUUAUGUUAAAGAAGGUCAAUAUAUAUAGUUAGUGAUAUUCUAAACCUUUUUUU